AUGAAAGAGCCCAACAGCUUCACCUUCAUCCAGCCCUUGACGCUUUCUCACUUCCAACCCUCGAGAAUCAGCAGCCUCGACCACGAAGAGCAACAGUGCAUGGAAGCCUUUCGACACCGCCUCGUCUAUUGUAUUAUGGAAGACGUAGGCCGGCCAUCCUUACAGGGCCUCAUGCUGCAGGCUGCCUAUGAAGAACCGGCGCUUUUAAAAGCCGUCAUCGCUUUCAGCGUGUUGUGUGAUGCCUACGACGAGGCUAAGAGGGCGAUGACGGUGUGGGAUCCAAAAGCGACAGAGGUCUCGGAAGACGUGCAGCUUGCUAUUCUUAAUUAUCGCGCGUGUAUACACAGAAUGCAGAACAUGAUUCCGAACGGCGACGGACGAUCCAUCAAUGUCAUCUUGUUGUGUACGAUUGUGUGCAUCUGCUUUGAGCUUCUCAUGAGAAAUGCCGAGAUGGCGCUCUGUCAUUUGGACCAUAGCCUUCAAAUUCUUAACUCCAAUGCCGACUCGAUUGAUCAAGAUUUGGCUCUGGCUUUCACCAGGCUUGACCUGCAGGUCUCCGUCUUUCUUGGCCUGCGAUCGCCCCUAAUCGCUCUAAAUAUCACAGAAUUAGCGGAUUUUAGUCUCAAAAAAGUCUCUAGAGACCCAGAGAGCGAGCUUGCGGAUCUAAUGGGCUCAGUGUUCACCUUCCUCCGACUUAAAGCAGACGACUAUCGCUAUCGAGUCCCAGGAUCGAUCCCACUCGACCUUCUGUUAGAAGCCAAGUUACUGGAAGAUAAACUGCAUCAAUUCCGAAAAAAAUACCUCACGCCCGGCUCCAACGGAGACUGGCUAUCCCCCGCCGGAGAAGCCAACCUACGAGUCAAAUGCCUCACGGGCAUCAUUCUCGUGGCCACGUCAUUGUACACCGAGGAAGCAAUAUACGACCAAUUCACCUGUGAUUUCCUCGCUAUAGUAGACAGCGCGUCCGAAAUUCUCAGCCCGCUUCCCGUGAGCCCCAUCUCAGACGGGGGCAGUCCACGGCAACACGUAGAAUUUGCUCUCGACAGGGCCGUCAUAUACUCCUUAUAUAUCACUGCCUUAAAAUGCAGAAGCUCGCUCAUUCGCCGACGAGCAAUUGAACUGCUACAGAUAGCACCUAGCCUUGGGGGUUCAUGGGAUGCAAUGACCUAUGCCAAAAUAGCAGAGCGCCUGAUGCAGUUGGAGGAGGCGUGUUUGGAAGAGCCGCAGCCAACCGAUCCAGCCGUCGUGCCAGAAUGGUGCCGUAUUCACUCGGUAGAUAUUUAUCCCCAAAGCGGUGGAAAAUUUGUGAAGGUUCUAUUUCGAUUUCGACCCAAUGGUAUGGAUGGGGAGUGGAGCGACUUUUCAGAGACGAUAGCUUGGUGA